ACCAGCGGUUUACCAUUCAGUACCAGGUUUUCCAAGAACGUGUGCGGUGAAGAUGGCGGACGAACUUACACAUCUUUGCUAAUAAGAUGGAACAUUUCAAAGGCAAGAGAGAUAUUCAGGUCCAAGGAACAAAUGACCGUGCUACUCUAAGCAAGUUCUCAACCGUAACACAUGGAUACUAUGAAGAUAAGUUCUUACAGUAUUUUGUCUCCAAGACUGCUAGAAGAGCACCGAUUAUUCAUUGGUCAUAUUAUAUAAGGGCAAAGGCAAUACAGUACAUGGUAAAGGGCUUUUUACAGAGCCUGAGGCUGAAAAAAUGUGCAUACAAACAGAUUGUUUCUGUAGGGGCUGGAUUUGACACACUUUUCUUCUCACUUUCCAGUGAAGCAAUUCUAAAAGACACAAAAUAUUUUGAGAUUGACUUCCCAGAGGUUGCUAAACAGAAAGCUAGUUUGAUUCUUCAGCACAAAGAAUUAUUUCAAGGAAUCGGAAAAAUUUUAACAGAAAAUAAACAGUGGCUUGGAGGAGGUAUUGAUGGUGAAAAAUAUACGCUUCUGGGAUGUAACCUAAAAAAUCGUUCAAUGCUUGAAAAUUGUCUAUUGAAAUGUGGACUUGACACAUCACUUCCUACUUUAUUAUUGUCAGAAGUUGUACUGACAUAUAUGGACCCACCAGAGAGUUCCACGGCCAUAAUUGGAUGGGCAGCAGAUUUCUUUAAAUCUGCCAUGUUUGUAAUGUUUGAGCAGGUAUCCCCUCAUGAUCCCUUUGGAAUAAAAAUGAUAAACCAUUUUAAAGAAUCAGUUGGAGCUCCUUUGUUUGCCACAGAAGCUUUCCCAACCCGACAAAGUCAAAUACAGCGAUUUAUGGGCGAGGGAUGGCCUUUGGUCCGAUGUCCAACAUUGAAUUUCUUUUAUUAUGAUACUUUGCCUGAAGAAGAAAAAAGGCGAGUGGAAAAUGUGGAGCCAUUUGAUGAGUUUGAGGAAUGGCACCUGAUGUGUUCACACUAUAUAGUCCUUGCUGCAUUUAAGGGGAUCUGUCAGGAUGUUUGUGAGGAGCUGCUUUCGCAGCGGAAUGCAAAAGGGAUCCAUGAUGACUCGUCGCUACUUGAAAAUGUAAAGUGCACAGUUCGAGUUAUGGACGUUGUACCCUCGCGGGAUAAACUCAAAAGGCUAGGUCACGCAGCCACUCUUCUUAGUAACGGUGCAGUUCUCAUUACUGGAGGAUUUGGUCUGGAAAAUGGUAAACACCAGCGGCUUGAUGGAAUUCAACUACUGCGAACGGUGGAAGGUAAUUUACACUGUGCAAACAUCUUACCGGAUUCAGAGCGAACACUCGGUGGCCGAAUGUUUCACACUGCUACAAGAUUAAACGAUACUGAUAUACUUAUAUACGGUGGGCGGACAUCACCAUCAAAUCCUUGUAAAGAAACAAUUCUAAUAUCUCUGGACAACAAGGAUGAAACAAAGCCUUUACAUUGUACAAACGGUGAUGUUACCUCUCGUCCAAGUUAUAAAUAUACCAUUUACAGUUGUCAAGGAGAUAUACCAGAACCAAGAUGGCGACAUACAGCAACACAUGUAACCCUUCCCGAUGGAAGCGAAAACUUGCUAAUAUUUGGUGGACGUACUUCUUCAUGCCUUGCUCUUGGAGAUUGCUAUUUACUAAAUAUAAAAUCAAAAACAUGGAAUAAGAUUUUCAUAAAAGGAGAUGCCGCUACCCCACGUCAUUCUCAUAGUGCAUGCGUAUGGAACAAUCAUGUGGUGCUGACAGGAGGCCUGGACGCUAAUCUCCAAGCCUUGAGCAUAGUUCAAACCAUGGAAACUGAUGUAAAUUCUGUAAAGCUACGGACUCUAUCUGUUGAUCCUCCCUUACCUCCGAGAUACUCUCACACAGCUCAUGUUGUUGAUGAAAAUCUUUUUCUCAUUGGCGGAGUAAUUCCGAAUUCUUCCCAUCCUGCAGGGGUUGUUGUUUUGAAUCUGAAGAAUCUGACCUGGAAAUCUUACACACUUCCGGCGCGUUCAACACCUUCAAUUCCUCUUAUGCUUCACAAUCAUUGCAGUGUCUGGUGGGAAGAUUCGCAAGGUAUUAUGGUUCUUGGCGGUGGAGGAAACUGUUUUUCAUUUGGAACUCAUUUUAACGAUGGGCCAGUGUUUAUUGACUUGCCUCCGCCGGGAGAAGCAGCAGCCUCUAAGUGAGCUUAACAAGUCACAUUAGCCAUUAUCGUGCUGCUUGACCAUGAGUAAAAGUAUCGUCUACAUAACACUGAGACAACAAUACCAACCAGCUGGCAUAUGACAUUGUAAAAGAAGAACAUUCCAUUAAAAAUUGUUGACAAACGGCGAACUAUGUUAGAGUUCCCGUUAAUACUCUGCGUUAGUUCGCACUCAUUAGAUAUAUGGAGUAAUCGUUAAUUACUGAAGAAGGAUUUUUAUUCAUUUCGCAAAGUUGUAAUUUAAGAAGAGUAACUAUUUUGCGAAAUCGAUUAAUAGUCCAUUUCGCAAAAUAGUAUCUCUCCUAAAAUUACUAUCUAGCGAAAUGUAUUUUAAUACGGUAAGAAAUAAGAGGAGGCCAAAAUCUUUGGUUAUAUACUAAUUUGUAAUGUUUAAAUGUAUUUUUGUGACAUCAAAGAGGUUACGUUGUCACCGCAAGGGUGAAAUAGUCGAUUUUGCAAAAUAGUAGCUCUUCUGAAAUUACUACUUUGCGAAAUAAAUAAAAAUCCUUCUUAUCAAUUGACGAUUACUCCAAAUUUCUGGUUAAAGUUAUCUUUACCUUAUUAGAAAAUAUACCUGCAUUAUCCCAUUUCGUUUCGUUA